AUGGAGUGGCCUGGGGACUUCCCUUAUGACCAUGCUUUUGUAGAGCUGCUGGUUCCUGGGCUGUCCAAUGAGCUGGACAUCCAGCAGCUGCUCCAAGACACGGAGGAGAAGCUCAAACUCAAUUCCUGCAGUAUUGAGCAGAACCUAAAGGACCUCCAGGCCAAAAUGGGAGAUUCUUGGAUGGGAGAGCGACCACCCAGCCCCACAGAAUGCCUCCAGUGGUUCAAUCUCAGAGCAGCCAACAGUGUCAGGCCUCUUACCACGGGCCAUCAGGACCUCAUGGAAUUCUUCCGAGCUUUGCAACAGUACCUGAGGUCAGGAAAGGAGGGCCGAGAGGAGACGACGCUCCAACUACUGCUGAAUCUAUCCUCCCAGUUUGGCGUUUCCUUCCCUUGUACUCCCUCCUCCUCCUCCCUUAAGUCUCAGCAGACUGUGUCCUCCAUCCCUGUGGUCCAUGUUGUCAAAGAUAAUGCCUCCCUAGAGGUUCAGGAGGCGUGGGAUGAUGUGCGUUUUAAGCUGCGCUGCCACCUGCUGGGUCGGCUGUCCUCCCGCAUCACAGACAAUCGGGGACAUGGACGGCUGUGCAGUCUUUCCGUCUGUGAACGGAUACGGUGUCUGCAACAACUGUGUUUUCUUUACCCCGAGUCCGAGGUGUUUACACACUACCAGGGCCUGAGAAGCCAGUCGGUGAUAGCUCUUCUACACUCAGCUCUGAGCUCCAGCUCAGGCAGUGACACUGGCUUUGGCAGACUUAGUGUGGGCCUCCGCUCUGUGGCCCCAGUCCUGACCCAGGCCAUCAAGGAGGAUCUCCAUGUCCUCUCACGGCUUGCAGAGCCGCACACUAUUCUGGGUUUCCUCAACACGGCCUACCUUAGCACUGUCGCCCAGGAGCUGGCCUCCAUGAUGGCGCGAGAGAGCGAGACGGCCCUAAAAGACAACACCACACUCAGCGGCAAGAUCAAGAAAUACUCAGCCAUGUCCAGGGCAUCCGUAGCACCAAUGGAGCUUCCCAAGAAAGCCAGGAGCUUCAAUUUGACCUCCCACCAGCUGGGGGCGCUUACCCAGCUCGUCUGCACCCUGCUCGGGCUUGAAAGCAGCGUGGAAGAGCUGGCUGUUAACGUUGCUUUAAUCAGACCUGCUGGGGAGACUCCCUGUGUGAAAGGUAUAUUGAAAAAGACCAGAGAGGACUCGCCCGUGACUCCUACCGUGGAUGGCAGUAAGAUCACAUCUGAAACACUCCUCCGUACUCCAGAGGUGCUGGCUGUUCAUUUUGACUGGAGGUCAGCGUUUCGAGGGCUGGUCCCUCAGAUGGCCCACUGUGUUAAAGUGGUGCUCGACGAUGUCUGCACCAAGAGUCUACAGCACGAGGAGGUCCUACAUGCUUCUGGAGGCACCCUCAUCUCCUUGAGUACUACAGCUGGACAUGCACCCAUCAGCAUCAGCAGCGAUGCCCUCAUAGGAGAUUCCUCCCACCCUUGUUCAGACAGGGAGACGCCCACGAUGGUUGCUGAGUUCUGUGGCGUCAUCAUGGCAGAGGUGGACGCUCUGCUGCCCUUGGCAUUAGCCUGCAGGGAUGGCCCACUCCUGGAGGUGCGAUCGAACUUUGUGGACGUGUGCGCCAAAGUAACAACUUCCAUGCUGGUCCGUCUGGAGGAGAGGGCACUGGAGGUGCCAUCCACUGCCCCCUUCAAGAACCUGCCGGCUCUACUUGCAACCUGUAUUUAUGUGCAACAAAAGCUGGAGCACUAUCAUGCCAGGCUGUGGAAUUCAACAGCUACUGGGGCUAGAGUACCCCUGACCCUUCUGCCCAUCCAGAAGUAUCAAGAGAUGACAGAGGCCUUGAGAGACCAGCUGACGGGCUACUGUGUCCGGGUUUGUUCAACCAGCAUCCUUCAUGAUGCAGAAAGCCAUCACUGGAUGGACCCGAAACCCUUUUAUGAGGGCGAGCGCUGUUCUUUCUCGGUGCAGAUGUGGUUCUACUUCCUGUGUGGGCUGCGUAGUGACCUGUGGACGGUCCUUCCAGCAGAGCUGGCCAAAGAGGUUCUGGCCCAGGUGCUGUGUGAGACCCUACAGCUGCUGGUGCGAAGAUAUGCCAGUGUCCAGCCUUCGUACAAGAGACACCAGCAAAUUAGAUGUGACAUCACAGCCGUGUUACUGUAUGUGGAGCAGCUGAUGUGGAGUGUGUGUGACAGUGCUGAGGCCUUGGUGCAUUCCAGCUGUUCCUCGUCAGCCCUCAUCAUGGCAGAGGGGUGUGACUGGUCAUCUCAAAUUCACAGCUUAUGUGACCAGCUCCUCACUGUCAUGGUCAUUGUUACAGCACCCCUUCCUAUGCUGCAUGGAACAUUUUUGAGUAGUCCGGUGAGAGAUCCCAUGCAAUACCAGCUUGGCAGCAAUGGCAAGCGCUGGAUUAACGCCAUCAAUCCGGACCUGUUCACAGAACAGUCCAUUCAAGAGGGCCUGACGGGCCGGGCAGCCACUCAAUGUCAUCUGAGGCUGCUGACCUCUGACCCCGGAAGCAGUCCCAGGUUGCUGUUGCGAUUACUGUUGGACGGAGACUGUCACCUGCCCAAAAUACUCCUGGAAAACUCCCAUUUCUGUGUGGACAGUUCCUUGGAAGUGUCUCCAAAGAAUUCCAAGGCAGGAGAUGAUUUCAUGGUGGUGUUGUUCAGCCUUCUCUGUUCACUGAAUGAUGUCCCGAAGGCUUUAACUCAGGCCCUGGAACCGUACCUGGACAGAAGACACAUAUGGGAACAUUUGUAUAUGCUGGCAGACACAACACGAACAGUCCCCGUAUUGGUCAGCUGUGUCCGGGACGUUAUCACCAAAUCCAUCCACAGUCUCUUGAGACACACGGUCUCUAUCGCAAUGGCCUGGCAAACCACAGAGGAGCCCAAAGGAGCCUUGUUCAGACGGAGUCCUCCAGAGAGCAUCCUGGCUAAGAUCCCCAAAGUGUGGAACUACACCCCGGUGGAACCGCAGGGAAAGGAGGCUGUUGCAAAGGGUGUCAUAUCGCUAGCCGUUCAGGCUUUGUCCUUCCUGUUCACCAACCUGCCCUUGGCUGUGGCCUCCAUUCCUCUUUCUGUACGCUUCCUCUUCCAUGUGGCAGAGAGACGUCUCUCUCAAUACACCCGGCAGCUGCGCUCCGUGGGCCUGUUGCUCUGGGUCCUACUGAGCUGCCUGGUCCAGGGCUUGGAGGACCAAAAUACCCUGGAAAAGAUCAGUGACCUGACCCUUGACAGGGGGUUGAAGGACCGCCUAGCCCUGGUGGCCGAGUGCCUACAGGCUACCAUGGGCAUUCAACAGAAGGGUGUUCCUAAACCCACAGUCCACAAGGUAUUGCAGGUCUUGGAGGAGAAUAGACCCAAGUGGAUAACCAUGCAGCUGCAGAGGGCCCGCAAGUUGUGCUCAGGCAGUGUGGCAGCGCAGGAGAAAGGAGUUGCGGCGGCUGAACUGACUGAGCAGAAAAUAGGUCUGAUGCUGCUGGAGAUCUGCCACAAAGCAGGUGGCAGCGGCUACCUGAGGCAGAUCUAUCACAUCAUCCGGGGCAAUGAGGAAGUGUUGAUGUCGAAGCUGAGUGUAACCGCAGAUCCAGUUGGUGAUGCUCCUCAGAUGGUAAACUUUGACCUUGGCUCCGAAGAUCAUGCUGCGGCAAGACUUUUCAACCCCCUAUUCCAGUUCGACCACAUCAGCGGAAAAAAGCUGGAUCAGAGGGCCCUGGCCGACUGGGUCUGGGACUGGCCAGGACUGCUGCCAGCCUAUCAGGGCAUGUGUCAGGUCACCUUCACAACUCUACUGGCCAACAGGUAA